AUUAAGUGUUUAUAUAUCAGCAUUAGGUCACAACUAUUCUUAAAAAUUAUUCAUUAAAUAUGUUAAUUUUUAUAAGAUUAGUGUAAUGUAUGUAUUAUGACUGAGUAGACCAACUAAUCUUAAACACGUGCACCUACACACGUUAUUGUAUAACUGAUCACCUACUACACUUGAAUAAAUUGUGUGAGAGAGCGCUCCGUUGACGCAGUCGUUUGACAUUUGACAGACAUUGUUUAAUUACAUUUAACCUAUAUUUCGUUCGUACUACGUUUGGGCAUUGUUUUAAUUGUUCAGUGCACGUUCAGUGAAAAUGGUUUCAACUGGUCAAAGUUUACCUGUGUCCCAAAUCCUGCGGGAUAAAAGUUACUUGGACGACGAUGAACCCAAGAAAAAAUCAAGAGAAGAUUGGAGAAAAGCCAAGGAGUUGGAGGAAGCCCGAAAAGCUGGAACUGCCCCCGCAGCUGUAGAUGAAGAUGGCAAAGAUAUCAACCCUCACAUUCCCCAAUACAUCUCAAACGCCCCUUGGUAUUAUGGAACUAGUGGCCCUACUCUAAAGCAUCAACGGCCACAAGAAGAACAUCAGAAGCAAUAUUCUGAUUUGGAUGAUUGGUAUCAAAGAGGCACUGAUAGAUCAAAGAUCGUAACCAAGUUCCGAAAGGGGGCCUGUGAAAAUUGUGGGGCCAUGACCCAUAAGAAGAAGGAUUGCAUGGAUCGCCCUCGGAAAGUGGGUGCGAAAUAUUCUAUGACUAACAUUUUACCAGACGAAUUUAACCAGAAAAAUCUCGCCCUGAGUUUCGAUGGAAAACGAGACAGAUGGAGCGGCUAUAAUCCAACUGAGUAUAAAUGCGUUAUUGAUGAGUUCCAGCAAGUUGAACAAGCUAAACAGCAAUUAAAAGCUGACAAACUUGAUGCUGCCAGCUCGGACGAUGACCAAAAGGAUGAAGACAAAUACGUGGAUGAAGUGGACAUGCCUGGAACCAAAGUGGAUAGCAAGCAGCGAAUUACAGUGAGAAAUUUGCGAAUUCGGGAAGACACCGCCAAAUAUUUACACAACUUGGACCCCAACUCUGCCUAUUAUGAUCCCAAGACCAGAUCCAUGAGGGAGAACCCAAACCCUGCAAAAGAUGAUACAUAUGAAGGUGAAAACUUUGUGAGAUUUACUGGGGACACAAAAACCCAUGCCAAAGCCCAACUGUUUGCCUGGGAGGCCUAUGAAAAAGGCGUAGAUGUUCAUCUGUUAGCUGAGCCAACCAAACUGGAGCUUUUGAAAAAAGAAUACGAAAGCAAGAAGGAACAGUUCAAAGGCCAAGUUCAGUCAAAAGUACUGGAACGAUAUGGGGGAGAAGAGCAUCUGCAGGUACCCCCUAAAUCUCUACUAAUGGCGCAAACUGAAACCUAUGUGGAAUAUUCGCGAUCAGGAAAAAUUGUGAAGGGCCAGGAAAAGUCGGAGAUUAACUCAAAGUAUGCAGAGGAUGUUUCCAUCAAUAAUCACACGAGUGUAUGGGGUUCCUACUGGAAGGGUGGCCGAUGGGGAUACAAAUGCUGCCAUUCCUUCAUCAUGAACUCGUAUUGCUUAUCCGAGACCGGAAUCGACAUCGAGCAAGUGCAUCCCACUACCGAGCUAUUGGCAGAGAAAGUUGAAAAUCGGGAUUCUCCAAUUCCCGAAACAAUUCAUUUGGAAAACAAAGAUUCAUCCAGUGAAAGUGAGCCCAAAGUCAAAUCCAAGAAGUCCAAGGACAAGAAGAGGGAGAAAAGCAAGAAAAGUGAAAAAAGUGCUUUGGCAGAGGCGCUCCAAGCAGAGGAGGAGAACAAGAAGAAAGCCGAAGAAAUCCUUGCGUUAGAUGAGAGAAAGCGACCUUAUAACAGCAUGUUUGAAGUGAAAGAGCCCACGGAGGAAGAAAUGGAGGCUUACUACAUGAAGAGGAAGCGCUUUGAAGAUCCUAUGAGUCAGUUCGUAUGAUUUUUGCAACCGCUUUUAAUGUGAUAAAUAAUUAAGGUUUACAAUAAACAAAAUAAUAACA